AUCACUGUUAUCCACCACCGUUAUCCACCACCGUUAUCUACAAUGUCAGACAAACCAGUAAGGAUAACGACAAAAGUACAGAAGCGAAAGACCCACAGCAAUUCUCCUUCGGCCCAGUCUACUUCUGCAACCACUCACGCCCACCAGACCACAGAACUUAUCCGAAAACGACACCUAAUCAAACGAGUCAACUACGCGAACACCGUCACCACAGUGGUUCUCCCCUUGAUUGCUAUCGCCUACAUCUUCCACAAUCACCAGGGAAUCAUCCCGAAAAAUGUCACUACGUUGUAUUUUACCUGUAUAUACUACAACAUAACCAUGCUUUGCUUUACAUCGGGGUACCACAAGUACUUUGCUCACAACUCGUUCAAAAUAAACUACAGUUGGCUCGCCAAAUUGUUUUUGAUAUUCGGGUCUAGUGUAGGCUUGGGAUGUGCCAAGUGGUGGGCAGGUUUGCACCGGGCCCACCACCAUUUCGUCGAUGACGUCGAGAAAGACCCAUACCUGAUUAAGCGAGGAUUCUGGUUUGCCCAUUGGGGGUGGGUGUUGUGGAAACCCAAGAAUGUUGCGUGGUUUACCGAGUUUAUUGAACUGGAGUUCAGCUCGGAUGUCGACCACGAAGAGGAAGAGGACGAGAACGGAAACGGAAACGGAAACGGAAACGGGAGCGGGAACGGGAACGGGAGCGGGAACGACAACGAGAAUGACAAGGGCAACACUUUUGCUAGUCAUGAUGACGAACAUCGUGAUUUGCUUAUUUGGCAAGAAAAGACAUACCUUGUCUGGUUUGCCAUUACUACAUUCAUCAUCCCUGUAUUUGUUACCAUGUUUGUCUGCAACGACACAGCAAUCAACGGGGUAAUCUACCCAGGCAUUCUCCGGAUGUUUCUCUGUCAGCAAUCAAUGCUCACCCCGGAGUCCAUCUGCCAUACCAAACGUAUCCAGGUGACCAUCCCCAGCCAGCCAUUCAACGAUACAAACUCAUCCAUAGACAGCCAGAACCCGUUGAUCUCGUUCCUCACAUACGGUCAAUCCCAACACAACUACCAUCAUGAGUUCCCCCACGACUACCGCACCCACAACUCGCACUUUACUUAUGACCCCACCAAAUGGUUUCUUGUGGCACUUGACAAACUCAACUUGAUCACCAAUCUCAGUUGUACCCCGACAAACUUGAUCAUCCAGUUGCAAAUUCAACAACAACAGCGAUAUUUGAACAGAAUCAAAUCACAGCUCAACUGGGGCACACCCAUUUCCAAACUUCCCAAAAUAACUCCGCGCGACUUUAAACGGAUUGUCAACUCACCCCAGAAUGCCGAUAGGAUAUAUAUUGUCAUUCAAAAUAUCAUCCACGAUAUCACGCCGUUCAUGGAUCAACAUCCAGGCGGAGUAGCUUUGCUCAAGGCUUCUCAUGGCAAGGAUGCCACCAAAGCCUUCUAUGGUGGUGUGUAUGGCCAUCUGACGGCUGCCCAGAACUUGUUGGCGACGAUGAGGAUUGGGGUGUUGGACGAUGGCAAUGAAGAGGAGGUGUGGAGACGGGUGGCUAGAGAAGAAGGCGAGUCUGGUGAGAGAAGGGCAGCGGCGGCGGCGGUUCUGGGACAAUAUAGAACAGCAGAGGCUGCGUAAGCCAUUACAUAAUCCACAUCUUCUUGUUAUACAUAAUCUAAUAUGGAAUCAGAAUCAGCGUAAACGCACACACAUACGUAAAUGCACACACACACACACACAUAUAAAUACACACAUACGUCUCUUUGCAUCAGGCGUAUGUGAUAUAUCCAUAAACAAACACUUACUCUGUAACUGGUCUAGCUAUCGACACACGAAGUAGAUAGAUUCGAUAGCUGUUGUAAAUGCAGCCAGCCAGCCACACUAUUCUAAUUUCACAAAGUAAAUUUUUGGUCCAACAAAAAAAGAUCUGAAGUGACUCCUGCCAAUCAGACAACCAACCAAUCAUCCAACCAACAUACACCCAUGACCAAAUUCGCCAACCGUGAUUACCGUGGAGCCACCAUCGAAGACCUCAACAUCCCACCAGCAGUAUCCAUCAACCCAAGCACACCCUUGGGCGUCGCCAUUGCUAUUGCGUACGAAAAUGAGUUUACUUACUUACCAGUGAUUCACGAAACUAAUAAAAGACUCCUUGGUGUUCUCAACGUGGAAGAACUCAAAAAGGACCAGGAGAAAUUCAAGAGAAGCUUUCUCAGACCCAUAGCUAAGAACUACAUGCUUUGGUUCAACCAACACAGCAAACAAAAGUACGAAGCCGAGUUCCACACCAAUAAGCAACAAAGCACACCGGUGAGAUCGACAAUAUUGCGUCCUAAAACCGGAAACGGCCAAAAGUACCAUGUGUUGACCCCAGACACCCCGUUAGAAGAAUUAGCUGAGUUCUUCAACAGUGGCAUCUACUUUGCCAUCAUAACCAACGGCGAAGGCACGUUCGUGUAUGGAGUUGCUACCCCUGAAGACUUGCAAAAAUACGAAAAAAGCUAAGUUAUAAUAGUGUAUACCUUAUCUAAAUAAAAAUAAGAAACAGAACAAGAAAAUCUAUUGAGGAAUCUUUAAGGUUAACUUACCAGUAGUCUUUUGUCCUUCUAAAUCCUUGGCUGCUUGAACGUAAUCCUUCAAGUCGUAAGUUUUGGAAACGUCAAACUUAACCUUGCCUUGUUCAAUGAGUUCAAGCAACUUCUUGGAGUAGAAAUCCCAUUCUUGUUGGGUUUCGAUGUAUCCGUUCAACAGUGGUCUCAACAAUCUAACAUUCUUGGGUGUUAACACACUCAAGGGGAAGGGAGUAACUGGACCAGAACUGUUUCCAUAACUGACAAAUGUUCCUUUUCUCUUAAGUGCGUUCAACGAGGUUUCAAAAGUGACCUUACCAACAGAAUCAAAACUUGCAGCAACACCUUCUCCAUUGGUGAUUUCCUUGACUCUAGCAACGACAUCCUCUUCCUUGUAGUUGAUUACAUACUUGGCACCCAAAUCCUUGGCAAUGUCAAGCUUCUCCUUGGUAGAAGCCAAGGCAAUGACAUUGGCACCAAGAUUGCUGAUCAAUUGCACCAAAAACUUACCGACACCACCAGCUGCAGCCCAAACCAAGAUGUAUUCGCCGGCUUGAACAGGAUAGGCUUCAUGGACAAAAGUUAAUGCGGUCAAUCCCUGCAAGAAGACUGAACCGUAAAUCUUUAAAUCUUCGUCACUGGCAUUAGCUGGCAACUUGAUGUGUCUGAAAUGACUAUCUUCAAUCUUGGUGUAUUGGGCAAAAGUACCUGGGGAAAGGUAGGCAAUCUUGUCACCGACGGACAAAUUGUUCACGGCAUCACCCACGGCGACAACUUCACCACUGGCUUCUCUACCAAAGAUGUAGGGCAAUGGGGCCUUGUAGAUUCCCUUACGGAAAUAAGCUUCGAUGAAAUUGAUACCAGCAUAGGCGUUCUUCACAAUGAUAUCGUGAGGAGUAGUGAUGGUUGGCGUAGGAACCGAAGUGUAUUUGAUGACUUCGUAUUCUCCAUUUUCUUCGUGAAGGACAACGUGAUGGGUGGAUGGUAAAGACAUUGAGUAUUUUCUAGUAGAUGAUAAAGCAGUAGAUAAACGUCUAAGCAUAAAGGAACCUCCUGAUGGUGUAUUUAUACGGGAAUAUAUAUGUAAAUAUAUUUGGAAAC